GUGCACAUUUUUGCUGAUUUGAUGCGACUUUCAUCGUAAAAUUCAGGACAAGUAUUUGCUUAUAUAGCAUGAUAAUUUCAUCACUUUUUAUUUAGUUACCGCGUUUUAAAACAACGAAAAGUUCUCUGCCACUUCUGUCACGCCACCUACAUGACUGCCGCCGUGCUGUUUUGAAAGUUUGAUAAGAAAUGAAAGCUGUGAACUUUCUGGAGUUUUUACCCUGUUAUGGGUUUUGGUAUGCCUAUUUUAUAAUUCCAUAGGACCCGAGAAAUAGGAGUUCAACAGUCUGCUGCAGUGAUGGCCGACAGUCCCGAGGAGCCGGAGGCCGCCGCCGGACCGGUGUCGCUGGUGCGGGGAGCCGUCCACGAGCUGCGGACGGAUCUCGAGGAGGUGGUAUGGCUGCUGCUCACCCACACCGGUCUGGAGGCCUCCAUCCGCGCUGUGGCCUCUGAGGUGCACGCGCUGCUGUUCCGCCGCUGCGGCCGGCACCGGUCGGUGGUGCGCCUGGUCGGCUGGCUGCUGCCGCUCCCGGCCGUACCGCGGCCCCGUAUACGGCUCAUACGCUCCGACAGCCGCUGGAGCAUGGCGCGCUCCUGCAGUCAGAUGAGCAUGGCGCGCUCGGCCAGUCAGCUCAGUCUGGCCCGCUCGGCCAGCCAGAUGAGUCUGGCGGGCAGUCUGGCGAGCGGGGACGACGAGCCGCUCUCGGCGCGGCCCGAGCUGUGUGACGGGGAGUCGCCCCGUGCUGACAGCCCCACCGACCGGCGGGCCAGCUUCUUCGACGGAGAUGUGACCGAGUCGACCACGGUGGAUACAGCAAAGUUACAAAGCUUGGAGGAGGAGCUGGCCAAGCUCAGGGCGCAGGUGGCUGCCAUCGUACUGGAACGAGAAUGCAAUGAAGCGCUGCUCCGCGCCAACACGUCUCGACCCGACAGCCCUCUACUCUCAUCAACUCUUAUCGCGGCGCCCACUCCGCCGCGACCCACCCCUGCCGGGGGCGCACCUCCCCCGCCCCCACCCCCUCCACCCCCACCGCCACCUCCCCCGCCCCCACCGCCACCGCCCGGCGCCGGGUCGGCAGCUCUGUCCCUGAAGGAGCAGAUCGCCAAGAACCGCGCUGCGGCUGGCGGAGGAGGGGGUGGGGACGCUGGCGGAGGAGAGGGGGAGGCGGGAGAUCGGCGCCUCUCAGUGCCCUCAAUGACGGACGUGCUGCGAGGAAUGGGCUCUGUGCGACUCAAACGGGUCCAGAGGUCGCCUGGCGGCACUCCGCUGCGCGUGGCGCCCAAACCAGCCGACCCGCUCGACCCGGCAGCCAUGCUGGCGGCCGCGCUGCGCCGCAGGUUCGCGCACAUCCAGGACAGCCCGGAUAAAGAGGGCGACGACCACUCACCGAGCCAGCACCAGGAGAAGAAGUACAGUCACGUGCAGCACCACCAGGCGGCGCCGCAGCGCCAGUUCCAGCUGCGGCAGAAGGUGCCGCCGCCGCCGCCGCGUCAGGCGGAGAGGAAUCAGCCCGGCGCGGCCAACAGCACCACGCCGCUGUUCGGGCAGCACAUUCUGCGUCCCUCCGGUCGGCGCCGCAUCCUCGGCGAUCGCACCGCCACUUGGCCCGCACCGGGCGACAGUGGCGCCGCCGAGCGGGACUUGCCGGCAACUACUCAGAACGGUGCCAGUCGCGGUGAAAAGUCCUCAAUGUCGGCUGUAAAGGAAGAGUCGAACAGCCCUGAGUGGGACUCUGAGGCGGACAAACGGCUGGGUCUGGACGUGGCCAGUGCUAAACCAACCUCAAAGUCUGAGAGAACGACCCCUGCUGUGAAUGAGUCGCUUGAGAGCGGAGUGUCAAAAGCCAGUGUUCCUUCAAUCACUCUGAAUGGGGACACAGAUUCCGUGUUUCUUGAAACUGGAGAAUCUGCUAAGAGCCAGACAGACACGAAAAGUGCCGCCACGACGAAUGGAAAGGAGCUUCGAUGGAAGGAAGACAUGAUAACUCAUCUCGAGCCGGGGUCAGAGUCAGAGUUGUCUCGGGAUGACUCUUCCCAGGAUGACUCGCUCCAGCGUCUGUCUCCGGAAGGUAUGAAGGUCGCCCCGCUGGGAGCUGAGACCGGGCGAGACUCCGGUCUCGGCUGUACCGCCUAGAGGAGUAAGGUGAGGAGUAGUCACCCCUAGUACCGCGUGCUCAUUGGUCAGUUCGGCUGUGUGGAAACUGGUGAGAGUCUCUGGAUAUAGUGACGUGUGUGUAAUAGUCGAAUCUAAGCCAAGGGAACCAUGCCUCCCAGACUGAACAGGGCCAAGCUAUGUGUGCGUCUUCGAACGAGUGCGGGUAGGUAAGCUGUCUUAGCAGGCUUCUUUCAUUGUGAGGGUAAAGCAUGGCUACAGGCGGUUCUAAUAGUCAUACUGCCUUGAAAUGUGCCGCCUUGCCCGGAGAUAUCGUUUCCAUGAGUCAGGUGAUUCUCUUAUGGGUCGGAGUGAAUUGUAACGAACCAAACGCUGCCUUUUAACGAGUAACGAUCGUCCAGCGGUCUGGCGUGGGCCGGACACUUCUUAUAGCGACUUAUGGCGAGGCGUGGAGCAUUUAACAAUUGGUGCCAUAUACCUAACUACGUGGCAUUGUACUGCAUUUAUGGGGUCUCACUCAGACGUCAUUUACUGAUUGAUACAUUCAAUUAGAAAGGUUUAUUUUUUCAUAUUAACAAAACAACUUGAUAGCAUAAUGUUUUAACGCACUAAGGGCAGCCAUUCAAAUUGCAGCUAAGUUUUUCUUAAAAUCAUUUCACCGGGAUGCUCCCGCAUACUGCAUAGGGUCUUUAUCUAGGGACAACUUCCGCGUGCUGUAAUUAGUUGCGUAUUAUACGCUGACUGUGUGAUUUAGUGUGAAGACUGAACGCUACUAAUGUACUUGCCAUGCUUUAUUGAUGUGUGUUCCGUAUGAUCUGUUCACUGUUCUAUGACCUAACUGGAAUUAAGACAAAUCUUCCAUUCCCUCGUUGGCUGUCGGUUGUAUACCAGUUUCAUAUGCCUUACGGUAUUCGGUAAUCAAACCCAUGGACCAAUUAGACAUUGUGCCUUACGGUGUCUGCGUUGAGUGUUCGAUUUCCAGUGGUGUGGAACAGUGUUUGAAAUCUAUUGCUUUCGCCGUGUGAAGAAAUGUUCGUCUAGUUUUAAUACAGUUCCAGUUAAA